CACCCUACGACGGCCGCGACGGUUUCCGGGCUGGGCUUAAAGCCGUGUUCCGCGCUAUGGGGUGUUGGCAGCGUUUGUUGAUUUUUGGCGGGGUAUCGCUUCGGGUUGGUGGCGGGGCCAGUGUCCCGCUUGGGGGAAGCCGAGUGUUGGUUUGUCGGCGCCAGUUAUCUGGCGCUGACAGUGAGACCCUAAAACAAAGAAGAGCACAAAUUAUGUCCCGAGGACUUCCAAAGCAGAAACCAGUAGAAGGUGUAAAGCAAGUUAUAGUUGUGGCUUCUGGAAAAGGUGGAGUUGGAAAGUCUACUACAGCAGUGAACCUUGCACUUGCACUAGCAGCGAAUGAUUCGUCAAAGGCCGUUGGCUUGCUAGAUGUGGAUGUGUAUGGCCCUUCAAUUCCAAAGAUGAUGAAUCUGAAAGGAAAUCCAGAAUUAUCACAGAGGUUGCCUGGGUGGCUCAGUUGAUUAAGCGCC